GACCUGAUUUUUCAUCUUCUAUUUUCUGCUAAACAGAUCUUCAAUGGUGUCUUCCUUAAAGUGAACAAAGCCACCGUGAACAUGCUCCACAGGGUCGAACCCUAUGUGACAUUCGGAUACCCGAAUUUGAAGAGCGUGAGGGAACUGAUUUAUAAGAGAGGUUAUGGAAAGCUGAACAAGCAAAGAACUGCUUUGACCGACAACUCCAUAAUCGAACAGGCAUUGGGCAAGUAUGGAAUUAUCUGCGUGGAAGAUCUCAUUCACGAGAUAGCGACCGUCGGACCUCAUUUUAAGGAGGCAAAUAACUUCUUAUGGCCAUUUAAGCUCAAGGCACCAUUGGGUGGUCUGAAAAAGAAGAGGAACCACUAUGUUGAGGGUGGAGAUGCUGGAAACCGCGAGAACUACAUCAACGAGCUCAUCAGGAGAAUGAAUUAGGUUUCGGCAGAGUUUUUCCUUGGUUCAGAGAUUGUGAGCAUUUAUUGUCAUUGGAAUUAGUCUAAGCUUAAAAUUGUUCUUGAAGUUGAAAAGAGUUUUAUCUCCUUUUUAUGGUAUUUUAACGUCUCAGACUUCGGAUGCUAGAAAAUUUUGCUGCAUUUCAGAAGUUUUUAA